UUCUUUUUUUUUUUUGAUCCGACGGAUAUGCGACAAAUUAUACGAUAUUAUCUUCCACCUUUACUUUUGUAAUUAGAUCACUCUCUAAUGGGAAAUCUAAUAAAGCUGAAAUUUCAUCGACAUCGUUCCGUCAAUAUAUUUCAAACAAUAAUAAUUCGAAAUAAGAAAGCGAUCUAUGUCGGAUUCGUUUUUGUAAACUUCGAAUUAAAUUUAAUUGAACAUAUGUAUUUGUAUAUUGUUUAUUAUUUUAUGGAGUACGCGCUUUGUCUAUUAAAUCAAAAAUUGAAACUUUGUAUGUUAGGGUAAUUGAUCAGUCAUAUCGAACGUAUAUAUAAUUCUGUAAAUUGUUACUAUAAUAUCAUUUGUCUUGUUGUAGAUAAUUUUUAUUCAAUUUAUAUAUAUAUAUAUAUAUAUAUAUAUAUAUAUUUGCAAUUUUUCGGAAUUUUUAAUAACGAUUUCGAUAAUGAUUUUAAUUUUAAAUUAUAAAUAUAGCCGAGAUGAAAUGCAUUAAUUUUUGCAUGUAAUAAUCGAUCAAAGUUUGUAUGUGUGUGUGUGUGUGCGUGCGCGCUUUUUUUCUACAUCAACACGAUUUCUGCUAAAAAUCGAAAAGGCGAGUUAUAUAAAAAUGUUUUAUUUGAGACAUGUGAAUUUAUCGAUAUAUACAAUACACGGAUAUAACAAAAAAAAAAAAGUUUGAUUCAACGAAAGAAACUCCUUCUUGCGUCCUUAUCUCGAACGAACCGAUCGAUCGAUCGAUCGAGAUUGUUGUAACUCGACUUUAAAUGGGGACAUUGUAAGUGAUAUGAAUCAUUAAAAUAAAAAAUUUACGAUUAUGGUAACGAAUGAAUGUUUGUUAUAAAGAGUUAUUCGCGUGACCGACUCUUUUUACACGCAAACAUAAAAUUAUUUACCUGAUAUUCAUAUCUCCUUUCGUUUUAAAAUAAUUAUAGUAUGUAUAUAUAUAUAUAAUAAAAAACCGACGAAAGAUUAUUCAAAUUCAGUUUAACGAAGCAACUCAAUCGCGAAGUAGUCCCGAAGUGAUCCCGUUUGAUUUAGAGAAAACAUUAUAUUUCGAAUAAAUUAUGAAGAUAUUAAAUUCAAUUAGAGGAAGAUGGAAGUUCGUUGGAAAGUUUGGUGCGUUGAAACGUAUAAGAAAUGUCUCUAUUAAUAAAAAUAAAAUGAUCGAUUCGUUCCUCGAAAGCAUCAAUACAAAUUAUACGAACAAUAUACGUUUUUAUCAACAUCCAGUAGAGAAAAUCAUCUGGUUAAUUGUUUAUAUAAUAGCGAUAAUCAGUAUGUCAUUUAUAAUAUUUGACAUGACUUUGGAAUAUCAAGAUAGUCCAACAGUAACUACCGUCGAAACCAAUAAAUAUCCGAUACAAGAAAUUAAUUAUCCGGCUAUAUCUAUUUGUAAUAUCAAUAAAAUUAGUUUAUCGUACGCUAUCGAUCUCGCGGAAGAACUCUUGGAGUUUAAAACCACAACGUAUAAUUUUAAUUUGACCGUCGAAGAAUUAACAAGUAUGAUAAUUAUCAUGGGUAAUUUUUAUCAUUUCGAUAUUAAAGAGGACGAAUUGAAACAAGCAUAUUCGUUGCAUACUAUACUUGAACGUGGAUAUAAUGGUUAUAAUGUUGAAAGAAUAAUGAAAAGGUUAUUACCAAGAUGUAGGUCGAUUUUAUGGCAGUGUUCUUGGAACGGUAAGGAUCAAGAUUGUAACGAAAUAUUUUUUCUAAAAAAGACGAGCGACGGCCAUUGUUGUACAUUUAAUUCCGCACGACGCUUUAAUGAUUUCGACGACACAGAUUCUUUUAUAUUUGCAUCUAAAACGGUAGAACGUUCGAAGGAAACUGGUUCAGAAUAUGGAUUAUCUGUUUUAUUAAAUCCUCUUUUAUAUGAUUACACUUACAAACUUCUUCCGAUAUUGGGUUUCAAGAUAUUGAUAUAUUCAUCUUUUGAUUAUCCUAACACAUUUAAUGGUGGAGUACGAGAGAUCUUUGUUCCCCCGAAAGUAGAAAUGUUCUUGAAUUUGAACGCGUUUAGCUUUUAUUCGAUGCCAGUAAGUCGUGAUAAUAAAUUAAAGAUAUUGAAUAAAAUAGAUUCACUUUUAUUACAGGACGUUAUAGACUAUGAUAUCAAUCAAAGGGAUUGCUUAUUUAGCAUGGAACAAGCCAAAAAAUUCGGAGGAUAUUAUUCGUACACGAAUUGUAUAUCCCAUUGUCGUACACUAGAUAUUAUUUCCUUUUGUAAAUGUAUUCCUUUCUUUUAUUUGGUCACUCCAGAUAUGGCUGACGUAAGAAAUUGUAAUCUCAAAGAUUUACUAUGUUUGAAGAAGUAUAGAGAGAGAUGGUUACAUCUGGAACCUAGAUAUGAAAAAUUCAUGGAACCAUUUCAUGAAACAAAACUUCCAGAUGGAUCUUGCUGUAUAACUUGCAAUUGUCUUCCAUCUUGCGAGGACAUCACAUAUACCGUGUCUACCAGUGAUAUUCCAUUAAAUAUUCCGUAUCUAUAUUGGAAUAGGAAAAAAACUCGUAUAAAUAAUCACAGCUUAGUACAUAUCUAUUUUGGAUCAUCUGGUACAACGAGAAUAAGACAAGAUAUGCUUUUGUAUUGGUACGAACUCAUGAGUAAUUAUGGAGGCAUCUGUAGUUUCUUUUUGGGCAUUAGUAUAAUAAGUUUGAUCGAAAUGCUUUACUUUUUUAUUAUACGUCGUAUCAAAUCCGAAUCACCACCAAUAAUGACAACUAAUUCGGCAAAUAAUGUUAACAUUAAAACAAUUAAUAUCGAGCCUAGAGAAUCGGAGAGAGCGAUCUUGUAUUGGAAAGAAAUAAGUGGAGCAGUUUCUAAGGAUAUCGAUCUAACGCCUCUAUCAUUGAAUCGAUAAAUUUAACAAAUAAAUCGAUGUUUAACAUGAAUCAUCAGUAUCAACGUGAUGUACGAUGAUACAUAGAUACAGCGUUUUAUACCAAAGGAAUAUUUACUAAGAGAUCUAAUCUCUUGAGAUUAUAUUUAAGUCAUAGAGAUAAGAUAAACUCGUUGGCCAUAUAUUUACCUGUUCAAUCAUGAAAUUAGCAAUCAUUACAUUCUUCA